GAGGAGGCAGCGGAGGAGAAGGAGGAGGAGAAAGGCGGCCAGGAGGGAGGGAGGGAGCGAGCAAGCAAGCGAGCCAGCACCGAGUCAGAGACUAGCAGAGAAAAUUUUCCACCGUCCCCUCGCACCCACCAAGCGGCGGCAGCGGCAGUGUCUAGAAAUAUAUAGCUAGAAAUAUAAAAUCACCUUUUCCUGCACCAUGGUUUUCCAAAGUAGGCUCCCUUCUUGGAUUAUUUUGUGCUCCGUCUGGCUGUUCCUCUUUGCACACACGGGGGAGGCACAGGCUGCGAAAGAAGUAAUAUUGCUGGACUCUAAAGCACAACAGACAGAGUUGGAAUGGAUUUCCUCUCCUCCCAAUGGGUGGGAAGAAAUUAGUGGACUGGAUGAGAACUACACUCCUAUACGGACAUACCAGGUAUGCCAGGUGAUGGAAUCAAACCAGAACAACUGGCUUCGGACUAACUGGAUUGCAAAAAGCAAUGCGCAAAGGAUUUUUGUAGAACUGAAAUUCACUCUGAGGGAUUGUAACAGUCUUCCUGGAGUUCUGGGGACUUGUAAAGAAACUUUUAACUUGUAUUAUUAUGAAACAGACUACGACACUGGCAGGAAUAUCCGAGAGAACCAAUAUGUAAAAAUAGACACUAUUGCAGCAGAUGAAAGUUUUACCCAGGGUGAUCUCGGGGAGAGAAAAAUGAAACUUAACACAGAGGUGAGAGAAAUUGGACCUUUGUCCAAAAAAGGAUUCUAUCUUGCAUUUCAGGAUGUAGGGGCCUGCAUUGCUUUGGUCUCUGUCAAAGUCUACUACAAGAAGUGCUGGUCCAUCAUUGAGAACUUAGCUGUUUUUCCUGACACAGUGACUGGCUCAGAGUUUUCCUCUUUAGUUGAAGUACGAGGAACUUGUGUCAGCAGUGCGGAGGAGGAGGCGGAGAACGCGCCGAAGAUGCACUGCAGUGCGGAGGGAGAAUGGUUAGUGCCUAUUGGAAAGUGCAUUUGCAAAGCGGGAUAUCAGCAAAAAGGAGACACGUGUGAACCUUGUGGCCGUGGGUUCUACAAAUCUUCCUCACAAGAUCUGCAGUGCUCCCGCUGCCCUACUCACAGCUUCUCUGACAAGGAAGGAUCUUCAAGAUGCGAUUGUGAAGAUAGCUAUUAUAGAGCACCUUCUGAUCCACCAUAUGUCGCAUGCACAAGACCCCCAUCCGCACCACAAAACCUCAUUUUCAAUAUCAACCAGACUACUGUGAGUUUGGAGUGGAGUCCUCCUGCUGACAACGGGGGAAGAAAUGAUGUGACCUACCGCAUUUUGUGCAAGAGGUGCAGCUGGGAGCAGGGCGAAUGUGUUCCCUGUGGGAGUAACAUUGGAUACAUGCCCCAGCAAACUGGAUUAGUAGAUAACUAUGUCACUGUCAUGGACCUGCUAGCUCAUGCUAACUACACGUUUGAAGUUGAAGCUGUGAAUGGGGUUUCUGACUUGAGUCAUUCCCAGAGGCUUUUUGCAGCUGUCAGUGUUACCACUGGUCAAGCAGCUCCUUCGCAAGUUAGUGGAGUAAUGAAGGAGAGAGUGCUGCAGAGGAGCGUGGAGCUUUCCUGGCAGGAACCAGAACAUCCCAAUGGAGUCAUUACUGAAUAUGAAAUCAAGUAUUAUGAGAAAGAUCAAAGGGAGAGGACCUAUUCAACAGUGAAAACCAAGUCCACUUCAGCUUCUAUUAAUAACCUAAAGCCAGGAACAGUGUAUGUUUUCCAGAUUCGUGCUUUUACUGCUGCAGGUUAUGGAAAUUAUAGCCCCAGACUGGAUGUUGCCACCCUAGAAGAAGCCACAGCCACGGCUGUUUCCAGUGAACAGAAUCCUGUUAUUAUCAUAGCUGUGGUUGCUGUAGCAGGAACCAUCAUUCUGGUCUUCAUGGUGUUUGGAUUCAUCAUUGGGCGAAGGCAUUGUGGCUAUAGCAAAGCCGAUCAAGAAGGGGAUGAAGAACUUUACUUUCAUUUUAAAUUUCCAGGCACCAAAACCUACAUUGACCCUGAAACCUACGAGGACCCAAAUAGAGCUGUCCAUCAAUUCGCCAAGGAGCUAGAUGCCUCUUGUAUUAAAAUUGAGCGUGUGAUUGGUGCAGGAGAGUUUGGUGAAGUGUGCAGUGGGCGUCUAAAGCUUCCUGGCAAGAGAGAUGUUGCAGUAGCCAUAAAAACUCUGAAAGUUGGCUACACUGAAAAGCAAAGGAGAGAUUUCCUGUGUGAAGCAAGCAUCAUGGGACAGUUUGACCACCCCAACGUUGUUCACUUAGAAGGGGUUGUUACCAGAGGGAAACCAGUCAUGAUUGUAAUAGAAUACAUGGAGAAUGGGGCCUUAGAUGCAUUUCUUAGGAAACAUGAUGGGCAAUUUACAGUCAUUCAACUAGUGGGAAUGUUGAGAGGAAUUGCUGCUGGAAUGAGAUAUUUGGCUGAUAUGGGAUAUGUACACAGAGAUCUUGCAGCACGCAAUAUUCUUGUCAACAGCAACCUUGUUUGUAAAGUGUCAGACUUUGGCCUUUCCAGAGUUAUAGAAGAUGAUCCAGAGGCUGUCUACACUACUACCGGUGGAAAAAUUCCAGUGAGAUGGACAGCUCCAGAGGCCAUCCAGUACCGCAAAUUUACAUCAGCCAGUGAUGUGUGGAGUUAUGGAAUAGUUAUGUGGGAAGUAAUGUCUUAUGGAGAACGGCCUUACUGGGACAUGUCAAAUCAAGAUGUUAUAAAAGCAAUUGAAGAAGGCUACCGUUUACCAGCACCCAUGGAUUGCCCAGCAGGACUGCACCAGCUGAUGCUAGAUUGUUGGCAGAAGGAACGCGGUGAAAGGCCGAAGUUUGAGCAGAUAGUUGGUAUUCUGGACAAAAUGAUUAGAAACCCAAAUAGCUUGAAAACCCCGCUGGGAACCUGUAGCAGACCAAUUAGCCCUCUUCUGGACCAGAACACUCCCGAUUUUACCACUUUCUGCUCCGUAGGCGAAUGGUUACAAGCUAUUAAGAUGGAAAGAUAUAAGGAUAAUUUCACAGCAGCAGGCUACAACUCUCUUGAAUCAGUUGCCAGGAUGACUAUUGAGGAUGUGAUGAGUUUAGGGAUCACGUUGGUUGGUCAUCAAAAGAAAAUCAUGAGCAGCAUUCAGACUAUGAGAGCACAAAUGCUACAUUUACACGGCACUGGCAUCCAAGUGUGAUAGACAUUUCUCCCUUAUGAGGGAGGUGACAGACUGAGAGAACAGCACUGGCCUUCAAUAUAUAUGAAGUGCUGCUAGAAGACACUUGAUUUCCUGGGUCCUUCCUGCAGUGAAUAGAAGAGCUACAAGAAGCACCUACAGACUUGAACUCCUAAGUGCCGCCAGAAUUUAUGAAAAGGGAAUUAGGAUCCACCAGUGGUGGCAAGGAAAACAGCAGUGACAAUAAACAAAGUACUACCUGAAUAAACAUACAAACACCUUGAGCUCUCUAACCUCCUUUUUAUCUAAUAGACUUUUUAAAUGUACAUAAAAAUUUAAAAAGAAUAUAUUUGUCAGAUAAAAUCAUGAUAUGAUUGUUGAAUUCAACAAAAUAUUUUCCUUAAAUCUGUGAUUUCUGAAUCUUUUUUUAAUUAUUUGUGUUUAUUCUUCAUAAAGACUUUCUUUUAGUAUGAUGUUUAUAUCUUUGGACCUUUUUAGUGCUAAUUCUAUGACACAUUACUACACUGGGUACCUCUGAAGGAUCAUUUGAAUUCCUAGAGAUUUAAGAAGCAUGACCAAGCAAUGUAUGUCUGUCCGAACUUUGGUAUCCUUUUGUGCCAUUUACAUUUGUUAAAUCAGCACUGUAUUGACAUGGCUAGCUAAUUGGCAGGGAGUCAGGAAAACGCAAGUUGCCAAGAGCUCUGAUAUUUUUUAAAGAAUUUUUUAAGAUUACACAUAUGCUAUCUUUUAAAAGAAAAUAAAAGAGAAAAAAAAAAAAAAAAAGAAAACAGAAAAGAAAAGCAAUAAUGACCCCUAAGUAGUUCUAGGCACUUUUAGCAAAUUGUUUGCAAGAUUAUUUUAAUGCAUUACAGUUAAAGUGAGAUAUAUUCGAAGAUGUAGAUCUACAACUGUAGACCUGCUGAGACACUUCAUUGAAUGGACAAGUGAUUGUAGGAGUGUCUCAGAACAUGGGUGUAGUUCUCCAGUGUUACCUAAACCAUUUAAUCUGAGCACAUCACUUUUUUUUUCAAUACUCUGCAUUAGC